AUGAAGGUAGACAGGAUAUCUCACUCCGCUUUUGCUGCCAUCCAGAUCCACAGUGGUCUCAGAAACCUGGAGCUCUGCACCGAAUUUAGCAAGUGGCCUUUUGUGGGCACAGAGGGCGCUGUGGAGCUCAGUUUGCUGUGGGUGUGGCUUCCCUGUACCUGCACCCACACCAAGUACCAGGUGUCUGAUUCCAGAGGGGAUGGAAGCCGCCUCUGCCCAGCCCUUCCCACCACCAAAGAGCCCUGGAAAUAUGUGAGGGGCCUGUGGCCGAGUGUGUCCAGUCCAGCCAUCCUGGGGAGUGUUCCCAUCUCCUGGCUCCUCCCUUGGCCAAGCCCUGUGAAUCUCAGCACCCUGAACCCUGAUGGCUGCCAAAGCAUUUGCCUUGCUCAGCCAGUGGCCCAGGCCCUGAUGACCAACAUGGCUGCUGGGAAGGGGGCUCCACCAAGCCCAUCAGCUGCAAACAGAUGGCAGCUUAGCGACCCUGAACAGGGCCAGGGAUGUAAGCCAGUGCUGCUCGAGAAAACCAACCAUUUGGGCUCCGAGGCUGCCAUGGGCAGGGACGGCCGGGAUGCUGCUUGUGCAGAGCUGGCACUGUCUGCAGCCACGGGCAAGCCUAGACUGGGCAAGCCGCUGCCCCAAAAAGUGUGUGGGGAGCAGAGGCAGAGCACCCUCACGGAGCUGCCCAGGCUCAAGGAGAGGCUGGGGGGUCAUCAGGCCCAAGAAAGGGAGCAGGAUGACCCAGUAGGCCAACCUGGCCCCCUGCAGCUGACACAGGAUAUUCCCAGGGACCUGGCUGGCAGCACGGUCUUCUCUGUGUGGCCCAGUGGAGCCCGAGGUGAGCAGAGAAGCGCCUUCAGCAAGCCAGCUAAGCGGCCAGCAGAAAGGCCUGGGCCAAGCCCCAUCUUCCCUGCAAGUGAAUGUGCGGAUAGCCUGGGGAAGCUGUCUGGACUCCUCAAUGCUGUAGAUAUGCCUUGCGGUCGAAUUUCAACUCCCAAGCUUUUGGUCAGUGAUUUCUGGAACUUGCAGAUGUUGCCACAGAAUUCUUCAUUCUGCAGCACUUUCCUGGGUGGCCCUACACUGUGGCUGGAGCACACCCAGGCCCGGGUGCUUACACCCUCAUCAUCCUCCCCCACCUCCUGGGCCCUCCUGCCACCCACUCUCACUUCCCUGGGCUUGUCUACCCAGAACUGGUGUGCAAAGUGCAACCUCUCCUUCCGCCUGACGUCCGACCUGGUCUUCCACAUGAGGUCCCACCACAAAAAGGAGCCCGCAGGGCCAGACCCUCCUUCUAAGAAGCGGAGAGAAGAGGCCCUCACCUGCCCUGUGUGCCAGGAGUACUUCCGGGAGCGCCACCAUCUCUCCCGGCACAUGACUUCUCAUAGUUAGCAGGCGGCUGUGCAGAGACCACUGGGUGUGGCCUCUGGUAUUGGCAGUGGACCCUGGACUUGCUUCUCAGUUGUCUGCAGGAAUUCUUUGGCAUCCAUAGAUGAACAGCUCAGUUAUAAUUUGGAAAAGAAGGACAAUCCUGUGCAAUGUGUGCUGAAGAAAACAGAAAAGGAAAUAAAAGGAUGGGUUUUGCUAAUUCAGGGUGGGGGGCUGACAGUCACCGAGAAUGAGGCCUGCUCCUGGUGCACAGUGUGGGCUUUGGAGGCAGACAAGGAUUCUUGCACAUGCUGGCCAUGACUUUGGACACAGGUCUUUAACCUUCUGGGCUCUAGUUUUCCUAUCUGUAAACUAGAGCUGGUGAUGCCUAAGUCUUAGUUGGCAUAUGAGUCACAUGGGAUGUGGUCAGCAAGCUGAGUGGCAACCAGGCGUGCUGCGUAAAUGAGGUUUUUGACAACUGUCUGUGCUGUCAGCUGUCAUUAUUAACAAGCUCUUAGUAAUGGCAGAUAAGCAAUAGCAUCUGUGUCUCAGUCACGGGUCUCUGGGUUGGCUGGGGUUGAGCUGGGCUGGGCUCAGAAGGCUGUUUUUCUUCUGGGGUUAUGGGCUACCCAGAGCACGUUUCUCUUACAGCUGUGCCAAGAUCACAGGGAUGAGCCCUCUCAAACAUAAGCACAUCUCAAGCCUCUGCUUGAGUCACGGUGCUAACAUCCUUUUGGUUGAUGCCAGACAUAGGGCCAGACCCAAGGUUGGGGAGUGAGAAAGCACCGGCUGCCCUCUGUGAGGCCACGGCCAGGAAGGAGGCGUGCAUCUGUCUCCAGGAGCGUGAGGAGGUGGGACUGGGAAUUCAGCAUACCACCUGGUCUGUGGGUAUUCGUGUUGUGCAGAGGUAAAAAGGGGGAGG